AUGGAGGAAGAUCCGGCGGUCAAGAUCUUCGGAAGCGAAGAUCCAGAUCUAUAUGGCGCGCUCGAAUUGAGCUCACCCAACGCGACCGUCGAAGAGAUCAGGAAGGCCUACCGACGGCUUGCUCUACGGUACCAUCCAGACAAGAUUGCCAAGGAUGCCUCUGCCGAGACCCAAGAAGCGGCUACAGUAGCAUUCCAGCGUGUAGGAUACGCAUAUGCCGUCCUGAGCGAUGAGAAGAGGCGGACAAAAUUCGACAAGACGGGCAGAACAGACACGAGUUUCUGGGACGACAAGGGCGAUGAUGGCGCGGCUUGGACAGACUACUUCAAGGAACUCUACGAAGAGAAAGUCACUUCAGCAAAGAUUGAGGAGUUCAUGCAGCAGUACAGAGAUUCUGACGAAGAGCGCGCUGAUCUCUAUCAGGCUUACACUGAUGGCGCAGGCUCGCUCGAAUAUAUCUUUGAUCAUAUCAUGGGCUGCAACAUCCUCGCAGACGAGGAACGCUUCAUCGACGCCAUCAACGCCGGCAUCAAGUCAAAGAGCUUGAUCAGCUUGCCGGCGUGGAAGAAAGCACUCAAAGACACCAAGGCGAGGGACAAGCUUCGCAGGUCUGCUCGUGCAGAAGCUGUCGAAGCGGAAGAGAUGGCCAGAGAACUCGGCGUACACGAGACGCUUUUCAAGUCCAAGGGCAAGAAAGGCUCAAACAAGGCGCGUGCGGACGAUGACAAAGAAAACGAAGCUAGCGGCGAGGAUGCACUGAGAGCGCUGAUACAACAGCGGGGCACGAAGCGGUACGACGAUAUGCUGGCGAGCAUCGAGUCCAAGUACGGCUCUGUGGACGCAAAAGGCAAGAAAGGCAAACCGGGCAAGAAAGCUCAGGCGGAAGCCAUGCCGACGGACGAAGAGUUUGAGCGCAUCCAGGCCGAGCUCGACGCAAAGCGCAAGUCUACCUCGAGCACUCCUGCGGGUCGCAAGAAGGCAAGAAAGGCUUGA